AUGUCGGUGGCCACCGUGCCCGGAGCUGCCCAGAUGUCUGUGCAACAGAAAGAAGAGUUGAUCUCCUCGUUGCUUGCCUCGUUACCCCGCGCCAGUCUGGUUCGCAUCAAAGAGCGCAUAGAUCCGCUUCUCUUCGUUGACAUUGUUGGCCGCGUGCCGGAUGAAGUUGCUCUCCUCGUGUUCUCCAAUCUGCCAUGUUGGGACCUCUUACGCUGCCGGCUUGUGAACAAGCAGUGGCAGCGCCUAGCCGACGACCCCAUGCUGUGGCGAGGCCUCUGCGAGCGGCGUGGUUAUCGCUGGAAGGAGCCGAGCAACGCUCUUCAAACCACAUCCUCCAGCGACAACCCGCACUCGGACGACGAAGGCAUGGGAGACGAAGAGGAGCUCGACAUGGAGCCCUUCUUAGAUCUCGCUGACGACUCCGGGUUGGCAAUGGACGAUACCUGGGCCGAUUCAGACUCGGACAGCGAUUCCGUAGCGACCAUGCGCCCAUCCUCGUGGCUCUCAGCCUCCCCCGCACUCGUUUCGCAUGCGCGCCGCUCUGCGUCCCCCGCACCCGGCGUUGCUCAGCCCGACUGGCGCCGACUGUAUCUGACGCGUACGAUCCUCAGGAGGCGGUUCUUCAGCGGCGCGUUCCGCCAGACGAAGCUCCAGACACGGGGCACACACAACAGUCACGCGAGCACGAUAUACUGUCUUCAACUGUACACCUACCCCGAGACGGGCGUGCAGGUGCUCUUCACCGGAUCGCGCGACCGAACCAUCAGAGAGUGGAACCUCGCCACAGGCGCUGUCCAGCGCGUGAUAGAAGGCGUGCACGAAGGAAGCGUACUCAGCCUGUGUGCGCGGAACGGACUGCUCGCCAGCGCAGGCAGCGAUGGGCGCACGGUGCUCUACGAACUGGCCACCUCGCGCGUCUUGAACGUCAUCCAAGACCACGUCGACAGCGUGCUCUGUGUCCGCUUCGACGACAAGUACCUUGUUUCAUGCUCCAAAGACCGUUCCGUGCGCGUCUACCGCCUCCACCCGACACUUACACCGCAUCAAGUUCUCCUCGGCCACCGCGCGGCCGUCAACACCAUCGCUCUGUCGGCCGAUCACGUCGUCUCCGCUUCCGGCGACAAAGCUGUGCGCAUCUGGGAUGUCGAGAGCGGACGACUGCUUGGCGAGAUGGAGAACCACCAUACGCGCGGGAUUGCGGCUAUCGAUGCGGCGUACCCCGCUGUGGUCACCGGUAGCUCGGACCAGCAUAUCAGGCUUGUGGAUGUGAGGACUGGAGAGGGGUGGAGCACGGCUGCGCCAUAUGAACCCGCGCUGGCGUACAUUGACGAAGAGGACGAGAACGCACCCGACGCUCAUGUACCCGGACAGAUUUGCGCGUCGUGCGGUGCCGGGGCGAACGACGACGAGCCUCAGCCACAUGCAUCCCAUACAGACCUUGUGCGCAGCGUUGCCAUGGACGCGGACUUUGUCGUCAGCGGGAGCUACGACCAUCGCGUCAAGAUCUGGUGCCGGCGUACUGGCCGGCAGCUGGCCGAACUCUCCGGCGGGCACAGCGCGCGGGUCUUCUGUGUCGAUUUUGACGCAACGAAGGUCGUGAGCUGUGGCGAGGACCAGAACAUCGUCGUGUGGAACUUCGCGACCGGGCUUGAGACGUCGUUCAUACCAGUCUAG